AUGAAACUGAACUUGGAAUCCGAGCUCAGAGUGGAUCGUCACCAAGAAUUAAUUCCUCCUCUAACGCUGCCAGUCAAGAAAAGCUAUCUAAACCUCAAACUCCCAAGGUUUAAUAUACGGGUUCUUUUUUGGAAUAUAAAUGGAGUUGCACGUGAUGCAGCUCAAUGUAAACUAAAGGAGUUAUUUAGAGAAUUCAAGCCAGAUGUUUUUUGUCUUGCGGAACCUAAAGUGCAUUGCUCAGUUUCCUUCGGCAAUAGACUUCAACUUGAAGGUUUUUCUUCUCAUUUUAUUCAUAAUGCUACUGCUAAUAGUAUAUCUAAUCUUUGGGUUUGUUAUUCAGAUUCAAUAAGGCCUUCUAUUCUAAAUAGAAGCAAGCAUGCAAUUUCUAUUGAGGUUGAUGGGGUACGUGUCUCUUUUGUUCAUGCUAGUUAUGUUCAAGUUACAAGGAGGAGACUAUGGCAUCAGAUCAAUCUCCAGGAUGAUUCUAUUCCUUGGCUUGUUAUGGGUGAUUUCAAUUGUUUUCUUAGACUUGAUGAGAAAAAGGGAGGUCUUGAACCAAGAACUUCGGCUAUAAAUGAGUUUUCAGAUUGGUUAGAUGACAAUAAUCUCUUUGAGGAUGACUCUUUGAGUACAAAAUUCACUUGGACUAAUAGUCAGUCGGGUACUAAUGGAAUCAUUAGUAAACUCGAUCGUGCUGUUAUUAAUGCUGCUUGGCUUGCGAAACCAAAGAGAGCUCCUUUUCGCAUUCAAAAGAUGUGGUUUUUACAUGAUGAUUUUCUUCGUAUAGUUUCUGAGAGCUGGAAUAUGCCGGCUCAUGGUUCUGUUGAUUUCAUAUUUACUUAUAAGCUCAAGAGAUUAAAAGGGGUGAUCAAGGAAUGGAAUCUUAUGGUUUUUGGUAAUGUUCAUUCUCGGUUGAAUCAAGAUCAAUUGAGGUUUCAAACUGCAGCUCUUUGUUCGAAUGAAGAUCCUAAUGACGUUACCAAACUUAAUGCUAUGAAAGAUGCUAUGGCUAAGCUUAGUGAGACUCGGCUUCGAAACAACACUAUGCUUAAGCAAAAGUUCUAUGAAGAAAAAUUUAACGGCCAGGAGACGGUUAUUGAUGCUAGUUUAUUUGAUUAUGAUCAUGUUAGUAUUUCUUUAGAGCAAAGUCUUGCCAUGGACAAAAUUCCUACUCCUGAAGAGAUUAAACAAGCGGUUUUUGACCUUGGAGCUGAUAGUGCACCGGGGCCUGAUAGUUUUCCUAGUUGCUUUUAUCGUCAUUGUUGGGAUAUUAUUCAAGAAGACUUGAUCAAGGCUGUUACUUAUUGUUGGAGUAUUGUUCACAUUCCAAAUGGAGUUAACUCAAGUCUUAUCAUUCUUCUUCCUAAGGUAGCCUUUAUGAAGGGUCGUAAUAUCCAUGAAAACAUCAGUUUGGCUUCUGAAAUGGUUAAUGAACUUCACAUCAAGCGCAAAGAUGGCGACAUUGGCCUCAAACUUGAUAUUUCUCAGGCUUUUGAUACGUUGAGUUGGUCUUUUAUGUUGGAAGUUUUUCUGCGUUAUGGUUUCUCUGAACAAUGGUGCUUUUGGAUUCUUAAUAUUUUGAAUUCUGCUAGAAUCUCUAUUCUUUUGAAUGGUAGUCCGGAGGGUUAUUUCAAAAUUAAUAGAGGUUUACGUCAAGGAGACCCCCUUUCUCCAUUGAUUUUUGUCUUGAUUGAAGACGGAAAUAUCAAGAGCCUUCAUAAUCUUGUAGAUGUGUUGGGUAAAUAUCAAACAGCUUCAGGCCAAACAGUUUGUACACAAAAAAGCAAGAUUUAUUAUGGUGGUGGUUCUUUGAGUCGACAGGCUUAUCUUGCUGAUUACUUGGGUAUGAGUCUUGCCACUUUUCCUGACCGGUAUUUGGGAGUUCAAAUUAUGCCAGACACUGUUAGAUAUCACCAUAUUUCUGGAGUUGUUGAAAAAAUUAAAGCACAACUUGCUGGUUGGAAAGGCUUUUUAUUAUCUUUUCAUGACCGUAUUGUGCUUGUUAAAUCUGUUAUUGCUAGUUACUCUAUUCACAAUAUGGCUAUUUACAAAUGGCCUCGCAAAUUUAUUUUUCAAUGUGAAAGAGCAAUUAGUAAUUUUAUUUGGACUGGAGAUUCUAAUCUUUGGUGGAAAUUUCGCACUUCUAAGAAGAAAUGGGUUGGAUUUCUUCGUGCAAGACUUUUUGGUAGGAAUGGUUGCAUCAAAGUGAAUGGUUUGAAGUCUUCUAUUCUGCCGGGUAUUAGAAAAGUGUACAAGAUUGUUGAAUCUAACACUAAAGUUCUUAUUGGAGAUGGCAGAUAUACUUCUCUUUAUUAUGAUGCAUGGGCUUCAAAUAUGUGUAUUGCUGACAUCCUUGAUGACUACACCUUGGAGCGAUCUGUUUUGGUUAGUGAUAUUUUGCAUGAUGGGCGCUGGGAAAUACCGGUGGAGCAUUUGCAACGUAUGACAGCUGCUGGUCUUGACGUUUCGCAAUUGCCUGCUCCUUUGGAUGGUGCAGAUUCCAGGAUUUGGAUGCCAGAACUCAAAGGAAAUUUCGCGUGCACUUUUGCUGGCCGUGCUUGGAACUGGAUUGCUGAUGUGUUUGAUUUGAUUCCUAAUGCUAACCUUGUUGUGUCUUGCAAAGCAGCUAAGGGGAAGAGCGCUAUGAUUCGUGACCUGUGGCUUAUUGCUAAUCUCGUCAUAAGAUCAGAGUUGUGGGCAGUGCGUAAUAAGGCUGUGUUUCUACGUCAACAUCCCAACUGGAGUAUCUUCUUCAAGCGUGUGUUGAAAUUGAUUCAAGAUUAUGUUUUGCGUCUUAAGAGCUUCAUGCGAAAUAGUGCUGAAGAUGUAAUAAUCCUUGAUUUUUUUCGUGUUAACCAUAGAAGAGUGAAGUUUCUUCAACCUACUGAAUGUUUUUGGGAACCUCCGGAAGAGAAUGAGAUCCAACUUUGCUGUGAUGGGGCGGCGAGAGGGAAUCCUGGCGUUGCUGGUGCUGGUGUGGUAGCAAGAAAUGUGAGUUGUUUGGUUCUUGGAGCUAUGUCUAUUGGCCUGGGAGUUACUACAAAUUAUUUGGCUGAACUUUAUGGUAUUAUUGUAGGUAUGGAAUGGGCUGUAAGAUGGGGAUUUAGGCAGAUUUGCAUUCGGUAUGAUUCUUUUAGUGUUGUUGAAGCUCUCAAGAAUAACAAUAUACCCUGGUUUGCUAGACAAAGGCGGGUGGCAGUUUGUAGACACUAUGAUACAUUAAGGUUUAUUCAUACCUAUAGGGAGGCGAACUUCUCUGCUGAUGCUAUGGAAAAACGGGGAUUUCUUCUUAAUGAGCAGGAAGGAUUAUAUUAUGAUGGAAGACCUCUUUUUUUAGCUUCAAUUGAAUAUCCAAAUGUUGCUAAUUAUAGAUUCAAGUAG